GUGCGCCGUUCGAAGAGCGAGCCCUCUGGUGGGACGGUGUGGAAACUUUCGUACCGAUAGCCACACGGUGGAGCAGCGGCGGCACGAACCUGGAAAAGAGCGCAUGAGCCGCGGAAAGAUGCCAGAGUGAACUUUGCCUUUGCCUGCGCGGCUGGAGCGACUAUAAUGCAGCCUCACGAACAAAACGCUGCGGUCCAUCAAGACACCGGUGCACGCGACGGAAACAUGGCCACCCCCGAAAACAGCGAAGUUGCAAGUGAAGGCAGCAAGUCAUCAGACAUGGCUGAUAGCGGGAAAUCGUUCCUGUCCGCCCUAAUUCGGCGGAAAAGGGUCGGUGUUGACGUUGCCGAGGCUUCGCAGCUCAAUCGGUGUCUCUCCACAUUUGACCUGACCCUGCUUGGUGUCGGGGGUACCCUAGGCCUGGGCAUCUAUGUCCUGGCCGGACAAGUGGCCAGCACCAAGGCCGGACCCUCUGUUGUCCUCUCAUUCCUUGUCGCCGCCGUCGCCUCCGUAUUCUCAGGCCUAUGCUAUGCAGAGUUUGGAUCGCGCGUCCCUCGGGCAGGGUCAGCAUACAUCUACAGUUACGUUACGGUAGGGGAGCUCAUGGCAUUCAUCAUUGGAUGGAACCUCAUCCUUGAGUACAUAAUCGGUACGGCGUCAGUGGCAAGAGGUUACAGCGGAUACCUGGACAGCCUGCUGAACCACACCAUUGAGACGCACAUGCGGCAGUGGAUGCCCAUCAGCGUCAGCUGGCUUUCGUCGUACCCAGACUUGUUUGCUCUGGGCAUCACCCUCUUUCUGGCCAUGAUGCUGGCCAUUGGGGUGAAGGAGUCGACUCGCUUCAACAAUCUCUUCACGGGCCUCAAUUUGCUGGUGGUGGUUUUUGUGGUCAUUGCUGGCUCUUUCAAAGCCGACAUCGCCAACUGGCAGCUCAAGCCAAGUGACGUUCCCAGUGGUCAUGGCAAGGGAGGCUUCUUUCCAUACGGUGUGGGUGGUGUACUCAACGGGGCUGCCUCGUGUUUCUACGGCUUUGUAGGUUUUGACGUAAUUGCUACGAUGGGUGAGGAGGUCCGGAAUCCCCGACGGGCCAUCCCCAUUGGCAUAGUCCUCUCACUCAGCAUCGUGUUCCUGGCGUACGUUGGCGUCUCCAUCAUCGAGACGCUCCUGUGGCCAUAUUAUGCGCAGGACGUGUCCGCACCGCUGCCCUUUGUCUUUCAGCAGGUUGGCUGGUCAGUGGCCAAGUGGAUCGUCUCCAUUGGGGCUCUGACUGGGCUUUCCACAAGUCUUUUGGGCGGCAUGUUCCCUUUGCCACGUGUCCUCUACGCCAUGGGCUCGGAUGGACUCAUCUUCCGCUUCCUGGCCAUCGUGCACCCACGCUUCAAGACGCCCCUGAUCGCCACUGCUGUGUCAGGCGUAUUUGCCGGCGUGAUGGCGAUGAUAUUUAACGUGCAAGAGCUGGCCAACAUGAUGUCAAUUGGAACGCUGCUGGCCUACAGCUUGGUGGCAAUCUCUGUGCUCAUGCUGAGAUAUGAACCUCUGAGCCCCCAAUCCAUCGCAUCUGCUGAACCAUCCCUUUCAGUGUCCAUCUCCAAUAGGAGACGAAUGUAUGACGUCACACGUCCAUCUGAUGGUGAUGCUGAUGCGGCCGACUCUAGGAAGCGGGCUGAUGACCAGAAGGCGCGAAGCAUCAUAACUACGCUUUUUAACCUUGACGGCCUCCUCAGCCCUACGGAGGCCACAUCCUUCAUUGUCAAGAUUCUCACCCUAGUCGUCGGGACCCUGUUCAUGGCGCUAACAGCACUGCUGGUGUUUGCCGAAGAUGAGGUGCUGUCCCUCACCACCUCUGCCCUGGUGCCUCUUGUACUCAUGUCGCUGGUGUCCAUUUUUUGCAUCGCCUGUAUCAUGAGGCAACCCAGCGCCAGCACAGAGACCCUUGCAUUUGCGGUUCCACUGGUGCCAAUAAUUCCAUUGUUCAACACGUUUGUCAACCUGUAUCUUAUGAUGCGUCUUCCCCUGGCCACCUGGGCUAGAUUUGGUAUCUGGAUGGCCGUGGGGAUGCUGAUCUACUUUGGCUACGGCAUCUGGAACAGCUCUCAGAGGAAAGCAUCGCCCCCGAUCCUGGACGAGGCUGCUGGCUCAGCCGAGUCGUCCAGUUCUGAUCACCACAGUGAAGACGAGGCUGCAAGUCCAUCAGCUGGGACUAGGCACUGACCAAAGCUUUUUGUUGCUGGCCCAACAGGACUUUUUGUUUCUACCCUAUUUUUAUUGCCCUGAAAACAAACUGUCACGUCAGCUUGGACAAUGACUCUUCUGCACUCUUUAUCAGCCGACGUGCAAUGCCAAGAUGGCACUGUGAUAAGGCAGGCUGUGCCUGUGAUAACGUAUGUAACAGUGUGUGUUUAUCUAAGAGCUUUCCUUCUGUGCAUUGCAUAUUUUCGUACUUUUUGUGCGGCUGCAAGAAGUGUAGAGUACUCGGACUGCUAUUCACAUUUACGAAAAAUGAUGGCACUGUCUGCUAUCAGCAACAAUAUCUUCCUUUGGGAAGUGCGAUUACAGAGCCACAGUGCAGUUAAAUAAUUGAUGAAUGAAUUUUCGCUAGCGUGCUUUUAAGGCUAUAUUGCCUAUUUUAUUGUUCUUGUAUGCUUUGCAACAUUCACACUUGUGGCAUCUUAAAACCCUUGGGUCAUGCCAUGUGUCAGUGGUGUCUGAUGCAAUAGUGUAAUAAUUGCUCCAAAAAUUUGUGAGGCUUUUAAAAGGCACAUAAUGUAUCUUACUCUAUUGGAAUGACAUCUUGCAUACUGUUUGCUUGUUUGCUGGAUAUUUGUUUGCUGCCACCCCAGGCGCACAUGUACAAAUAUCUCGCUGUUGAAGAUUUGGUGGCCCAGUAUGCGCCGUCUUCCCAUUUGGAGUGGCACUUGGCUUCUUUUAAGCAUAUUAACUUGUCUAGUCUUAACUGUGUCUACCACGUCAAAUCUUAACUACGCAGAGAAUCUGACUUUAGGGCAUUCGUGCUUCUAUAAUUGCUCUUGACUUGAGUGUUACGUGGCUACUUGCGAACAUUGUUUUUUGAAAUUGGUUCAUGUGCAUUGACCACAGCAUUAGAAAUUGCUGGGGAACUUCUUUAACUUCCUCAAUGUACCUUUUACUGCAGGUAAGGCAAAGAUUCGUCAUUCCAUACUAUUUGUUUUAAUGCAAUCAUGCUUAUACAUUGAUUGCUUUCUGACCAGCAUCAUGUAGCAUUUUUACUAGCAUGAUAUAUGUACUUAACUUUCAAAUGCAUCAUUGUAAAUGUAGGUGUAUUGUUUAUAUGGGGUAAAAUUCCCAACAAGCUUUACCAUAGGCCAAAGAUAAAAAGCAUUUAAACAAGUCCAUUCGAUGCACAUUUAAUACAGGCAUAGCACGCUUAUGAAUGAAAGGAUUAUUGACAUUUAGCAAGUGUAUAGCACACUGAGGGUGGAUGACUGGAGAGCGUGCUUAGCCAAAGCUUCUCGUAACAUUGUCAGACCUAGCACCACUGCAGGCUAUUGAAAGCCACAAGUGGUGAUCACAGAACCCUACUGCAUUGUGUGCACAGAAAUUUAUGAUUAUGCUAUAUAGCAUAAAGGCUACGGGACCAUAUUAUUAAUUCAAUGGGUGAUUGUCAAGUCAAAUGUCGUCUGCGAUUUUGAGUCGCCUACUGCUGUGUUUGAAUAAACCCAAUUUAGCGAGUUGGACUGUAGCACCAGUGAAAGACUCUGUGAUCCUAAAUCAUCUUCCAUACUACAUGGCCCACUGGGUUUUCAAACCGACGCAACUCUGCAACUUGACAUGUUAAUAUGCAUGUCCUUAACUGAAUAGCUUGAUUGCAUUUUAAUUUACGCUUAAUUUACUGAGUAGCUAAAUCAAGUGACGCAACACAACGCUGUAAUGAAAACAGGUUUGAUUGAUGACACUUGGCAACAAGGUCAUCAUCAUAGCACCAAGCUUCAGUGUUGCCAUUGUAUAAGCAAAAGAGAUAUAGAUGUGUAUAUAUAAAAAAAUUUUCUAUGAUCCAUUUGUGGAGUGCAAAUAUCAUGCAUGUAAAUGUGGCCUACCGCGCGUGUAGUGUCAUCAUUCAGUAAAGCUGGCUCGAGUUCUGUUUUUAUCAGUUACAUGCGUGAGACCAUUGCGUAGAUAGAGCUUUGUGUGUAGGCAGGUUGUCUGUAGCUCAAGAACCUUGCAUGCAGCGUGGUGUGCUGUGACGCGAUUAAGGCAUAUUUUAUUCGUGAGAGCUUGUGCUUCAUUAUUUUGCAUGGUAUGUGCAUGCAUUCAUUGCGCCAAGUGACCACGUGAUGGGUGCUCAGGUGACAUCCAGGGCAUUGUUUCCAGUUGCACAAUUUCUGAAGGGUUGCCGAGAACGAAUUCCCACUGCAUACGGACAACAUCGAGGGUCAUGCAUGUGUAGUGAACACUGUGUAAACAGCAGUGCCUUGUUUUAAGGGCUGACUCUAUGUGCAUUGCUGUCUUUCUUCCAGAAUUUUACGUUUUAUACUUUUUUCUGGUGCUGUUUAUUUCUGGCAAAAAAGUUCUGGGGGAUCGCUUUUGCGUAUUGGAGUAAAUGCAGCAAGCAUAACGUCAACGGCUGCUGCAGGGUUGGCAGGCAAAUUUGCCAGUGUGAGCAAUCCUGAUGCCCGUGGUUAGAGAGCCAUGCACGUGACCAUAGCUGGAAUGUGCGACAUCAUGGCUCGACUGCGGUGCUCGAGUACUAGUUGCUUUGUCAAGUUGGUCUUGCGUAUGCUGCAGAGUAUACAUGUGCAAAAAGCUCCAACUAUAUAUGCAAAAGCUUGCUGUUUGUGAAUUAUUUCCCUGUGAGUUGGCAUAAAAAGGUAUGUGGUUCCCCUAGCCAGUUCUUUUUCCCACAUGUUUUACGUAGGCACCACUUUAUGGUCACUUUUUCUCUGGGUACUCAAACAGCUUUUUGCUGUUAUUUUGUGGUGCAUUUUAUUGUUGACCACUGGCAUGAAGUUUUUUUUUUUACUGCUCGGAGUGCAGCUCAUUUCAAUUGUUCAUUGUCUUUUCAUUCUAUGGUUCCCAUUGAACAAAUCUAGAAACGGACCAAAGCUGCUCCGCCAUGUAUGGCGACUGUGCUUCCCAAUUUAUAUAUGACUGUGUUCCCCCAACUACAGCAUUACGUGGUGUGUACAUGUGUUGGGGAAGCUUGUCAAAUUUUAGAUGUGCUUCCAUACUUUGCACAUACAUUCUGCCUCAUAAUGCAAUGCAGCGUUUUGUUGUGUCUUCGGGGACCAUUCCUUGGAUGUGACCACCAGCAAACACUGUUGCAAUUUAUGUGUUUUCAGACAAGUGUUUUAUUGUACAGUUGUAAAUAAAGUGCCGCUGGCCGAGUGUGCCAGCACUUGAGCCUUGUG